UUCCAAUACUAACCAAAUGACAUUAGCAAGCACUUGUUGGCAAAGUUUAUCCCAGUUCACUACUUUUUAAAGUCACGAGAGCCUCUGUCCUGUGAUGUGCUUUCAAUUCUCGAGUGGGGCAGGCAAAAAUAAAAUAUAAAAAGACUGAAGCUAUCCUUUCUUCACCAUCACUUAACUAGCCUCUCUGUAUUUCAGUCCCAAACUCAAAGUCUUAUAAUUUCUCAAGCUUUAGUUCUCUUCCGUCUGAAAGAUUUUUCACCACAUUUUUUCUGUCUUUCUCUGUCGGGGUACCAUGAGAUCAGAGGAAAAUCCAUUAGAUCUCAAUAACUUACCUGAAGAUUACUCGAGAGAUGGUAAAGAGAUUUAUGAUGACAGCUCUUCAUCUGCUGCUGCAGGCUAUAGAAAAAAGAAAAGCAGCGUUAAGGACGGAAAAGAUGAUUCCAGUAAGGUCCAUGAGUGUAGGUUUUGUUCCCUCAAGUUCUGCAAAUCUCAAGCCCUUGGGGGACACAUGAAUCGCCACCGCCAAGAGAGGGAGACAGAAACACUGAACAAGGCUCGUCAACUGGUCUUCUCUAACGAUUUAGCUCCAGGAGCACAUCACCUAGGAUAUCUUCCAGGUGGCCAACCAAUUCCACAUGGAGGGUUUCAUCAACCUCCAGGCAGCAUAGGUGAUGCAACAAUGCCAUUCAGAUCAAUGUACCCUACGAGGGUUUAUUCUGGUUCUUCAACACUCUUGCCGCCAACUCCACCAGGCCAGCCUCCAGCACCACCACCACCACCAUACAUGUACACUUCUCUGUCACGUCUCCUCCCUUUUCACUCGCAGUAUCCCUCACCACCGGUGAAUGACUACUUUGUUGGCCAUGCCCUCUCUGGUUCCAAUUCUAGUUAUGCAGCACCUCCUCCGGAUACUAAUUACACCUGCAUCGGUGCACCUGUGGGGCAUGGAUUCCCAAAUGGCACUGGCCCCAGCACGGGCAACAGCCCCGCCCCUGGUGUAGAUGGUGUUAGAGACACGUCAAUGAACAUUCAUGACGAAGGAUUGAAUUGGGGCCGGAGGUAGAACAAGACAAUAGUGAAACGUUUGCAUCUUAUAUUGAACAAUCAGUUUCAACAACGAUUCUAUAUUAAAUCUUACCGCGUAUUGUUUUUUGGUUUUUUCUGGCUGAACGAGAGUGCAAGUGUUAAACUGCUUUAUGACACGGCACUCUCACUGAUUGAGAAUCCGAACAAACUGACAAAUGUGGAUGUGCAAAGAGAGAAGUUUUGGUUUU